AUGCCGCAGCUUCUGGACCUCCACUAUGACCUCUUGACUGUCCUGGUAUCGUACCUCGGCACGGAAGACCUCUUGAGUGUCGCUCUUGCAGCACGCGCCCUGCGGGAAAUAUCCCAAGAUCAGCUCAUCCGUUCGGUUUAUCUAAGGAGGCUCGAUGCAAUAGACUCAUUCUGCGAGUUCGUACUUGCGGACUCCCCCAGACGGCCACAGCUGCUUGUCUCACUCAAGGUAGAGGCGCUGGGCUGGGACAUCGGCAGUACAACUAGCCGGGAAAUCUUGGAGAGGCGUCUGGCAGAAGUACUCACGUCUUCCACUAAUUUGAAGAGCCUCGAGUUUCCUGAAAUAUCAGUAGACAAUCAGGAUUCGUUGCCUGCAUUACGGCACGCGCUCGACCUGAGCUUCAGUCGCGUUACCGAGCUGUAUCUAUCUGGCAAGUGUAUGACCUCUCUCCUGGGCGAAGUUCUAGCCGGGGAGUCUGCUCGUCUUCGCUUCCUCUCCGUCCGUCUUCUCGAAGCGGAUGAAGCGGCGGACAUCCUAUCCUUUCUCGCGCCCUGCCGAGAUACCCUGGAAUCGCUCCAAAUUUGCAACUUGCCCAUGGAGGCCCAACGUCUUCUCUUCCCGCGCUCCCCUCCCAUCCAAUGGCCACGCGUCCACUCACUGAUGCUGGCUGGCUCCCCACUGACGCUCGACGCCCGAGAUCUCCAAGCAGCCUUCCCGAAUGUGCGACACUCCAGCAUCCCGCCCGGGAUGAUCGUGGAAGAGUCUGACUCCGAUCAGCAGGCCCCGGAUACUGCCACUUGGAACUCCCUAAUUUCAUAUACGGGUUAUAUGGACUGUCUCCUGGCUCUCGGCGGUAGGUGCCGAGUACUGCAUCUGCUUCCUUGCGAGAGGGUCUCGGAAUGGCAAGACCCUGCGUUUGCGUCUGCCCUCGAAUCGACACAGCCGCGAUACCUAACUCUGGCCGUACAAGACCAUCACUUGGAUCGCUUGUGCGAACAGUCCUUGUGGCUCGCUGCACCUGAGCUUGCCUAUUUGAGCUUAAACUUCUGGGGGUAUGACACCAUCGAUCAGUUGUGUGAAUCGCUGACUCGACUGUGCGACGCCCUGAAGGUCACGAAGUUAGCGUAUCUGUCGGUUCGACUGCCCAGUCCGAGCUAUCACUCCGAUGACGAGCUCUUGCAAAGCCUUAUGGCGUGCAUCCGGUCUGCCGUCCUCCAUGGGUUUUCAUCACUCAAGUACUUUGAAGUUGACAUCCACUAUGGUCCAUAUGGUACGCAGGGCCUCUAUGCGAUACACCGAGCCAUGAUCACACCCGCGAGCCCUGAUGAUAUAGCAUUGGAAAGUCUCGACCUAUCUAGUGCGGAUACCCUCAAAGUUUCGCUUGCUGAAUGA